AUGAGCCACCCGUCCAUGGAGAAGAGCAAAGCACCCUACGCGGGACCAAAGUAUACCCAUGCCCAUCCAGACCUUGGUGAGCUCACAGGACGAAUGGUCGAGCUGCAACACUUUUCAGAAGCUCAAGUUGUUCAGUUUCGUUCCAUUCCCUUCGCUAGCAUCCCUAAGCGAUUUCUACCAUCUGUCAAACUUGGAGAAAUCCCGCAAAACUUUGAUGAGCGACCCUACCGAGAUUUUACAGAUUUCGGAGCGGGAUGCCCUCAGACAGGAGCAUCGAAUCCAGCCUGGUGGCUUCCUCAGGGUGGACCUCUGGCAGACGAUCUCGGAUUGACAUACAACGAAUUCACAUGCCUUACACUAUCGAUAUCAGCUCCUGUCGCAAACUUGACCUUAGCCACGAGAUCGAGGCUGCCCGUGAUGGUUUACGUUCAUGGUGGUGGGCUAGCAGAAGGCGUGGGCCAUGUCGACGGCUUGCACUCGAACGCAUCCAUCGCAUCGUAUGCAUCGUCAAUUUCCCAGCCAGUUAUCGUUGUGAACAUAGGGUAUCGAUUGAAUUGGUUCGGCGGCUUAGUCUGUCAGGAUCUUCUUGACGAGUACGCAACCAAUAAUAACCAAGGUCAGCCAGGCCCGUUCAACUUGUUUCUCCAGGACCAAAGGAAUGCGUUUGCUUGGAUCCAGAAAUUCAUCGGUGGCUUUGGUGGAGAUGUGUCGAAUAUCACUGCGUUCGGAGAAUCAGCCGGCAGUGUCAGCCUCACCUACCACAUCUGUGGUUCGGCCGCGCGGCUCUUCGAUCGUGCAAUACUCCAGUCUGGAGUGAUUAUGGGUGAUACCUCAUUUGAGGCCAAGGAAAAGGAGUAUCAAGACAUGUUGAAGCACUUCAAAAUCGUGGAUGAUACCCCCGGAGAGAGGCUGAACAAGUUGAGACAGAUUGAUGUGGCGGCUUUGGCCCAGUAUCCUGGGAUAUUCAUGUGUCCCUUCGUAGGCUCAGUCCCUGGGGUCUCGGAAGCAGACUCACUCUUCGCUCGCGGUCCACCUACAGUUGCAAACCAGAUUGAGUUGAUUGCUACUUGCCAGUGGCUUGGAGAUGUCAUCGUAGGGGACGUUUUCUGGGAGGGUGACAUCACGCUUCCCGGCCUGAGACAUCGCUCACACGCUACAUUGGUAGAGACCAUUACGACGAUCUUUCCUCGAGCGCAUGCAGAAGCUGUACUUGCCGCAUAUGAGCUUGAUAUUUCCAAAGAAAUCGAUGAGAAUCGUGCUUGGUCGCAGACGUCUAAAUUGAUGGGCGACUUGAUAUUCUCGGCUGAAAUCGAGCGGCUCACCAAGAGGCUGGGCCUUGAUGAACACAGAAAGAUCUACCGAUAUUCAUUUGGCUUGUCCAACCCAAUCCCAGGAAGCCUUCACAGCUUCGCCACUGGCCAUCACUUCAUCGACAUAUUGUUUCUCUUCCUAACGUUGAUAGACCGCUACCCGACACACCGUAACAACUAUUACCGGGGUCAAGCCAUAGAGACCGCUCGUCGAUGGAUUUCUUUCGCCCACGGGCAAGCACCCUGGGAGGCUUAUACCACCAAGAGUGAUGGUGUACCAAAUGCCAAGAUAGCCAUUUGCAAUGACCUUGUCGGAUGGACCACCCGUACAAUUGCAGAGGAUGAAGAGAUCAGCAAGAAUGACCCUUGGGGUCCUAGAAGAUACGGAGGGCUGAGGGCGAUUAUUGCUGCACUUGAUGCGCUUCGGAGUGCUGAGGUCAGUGAAGAAAUGUAUUGUCAAAAGACCCAGGCGAUAAAGUUAUUUUCAUGGGUACUUUGA